AUUUAGGCAAUCCCCAACAUGUCGUCGCUAAUAAUAUGGGUUGGAGUUCUCUGCAUUCCAUCCCCACAGGAUUGCAACAAAGUAUAUAAAUACCAGUAAACGACCGCCACGUCUGACGCGACGUCUCCACAAUCAUUCACCAUCCAGGUUCUCCUUUCACCCUCAAGUACUCUUCCAACUUCCAGUACAAGUUCAACCGCCUGCCCUACGGUUCUCAUAAAUUUUCAUCCGCUCUGUUCAACGUAAUGCCUGCAAUGACCAUGUCUGCAGUACACCCUGUCCUGAGAGCAUCAUCUCCGAUGCCAUACGCUUCUUCACCCCUUGCUGUAUCAUCUUCGAUGCCAUAUGUUUCUUCACCUCUUGCUGCAUCGUCAUUGAACGCCCCGUCUGGCUCGUCGAGAGCGUCGUCUAUGCGACCAUCAUUCCCUCACUCUCGCCCUUUGCGACCAUUUGUUUCAAUAUCACAAAACGCCUCGUCGCGUUCAUCAAAAAAACCCGUCAAGUUCAUAGAACCACCAAAGAACUCCAAGACAGUCUUUGUACUUGACUUGACCCAGGGAGAACUGAGCAGGCAGGAUUGAGCCCGCGGGACGCGUGUGGUACUCUUGCACUAGACUGAUGAGUGUGCCCUAGAGCCAUAGAUCGACCACCAUUUGGCGCAUUACUCCAAACCCUUUCCGACCAUGUUGUAUGAUUGGUGGCUUCUUUUUAUUUGAAGUUUUUUUUAUAUCUCGGUAUAUAACUCAUUCCGACACGUGCAGAACUGCACACUAGCAUACAAUAGGUUCCUUCUACGCAAUAUUUUCAUUCUACGACUUGCCUUUAUCACGAUGCGUGCCAUUCCAUGUUCCACACAUACUCCCACCUGUUCAACACUAUGCGUAUCAUUCCACGUUCCACACAUACUUCCACCUGUUCCAACUACGCAUACCUUAUCACAAUGGGAAGUUUGUCGUUUGUCUUAUCUUUCGGGGGCGAAAGUAUCUCAACUGAGCCUCUUUCCCAAGUCACGUUGGGCGAACUACGGCAACUUUUUAAGAAGGCAUCCAUGUCCUUCCUGGUCACAAUAA